GGUCUCCUGGUGCUGCUCUUCCCAGGCACUCAUGCAGAGGAGCGCAAGAAGGGUCCCAAGGUCACGGUGAAGGUGUAUUUUAAUAUUCAGAUCGGGGAUGAAAAUGUGGGGCGUGUCGUCAUUGGCCUCUUUGGAAAGACGGUUCCAAAGACGGUUGAAAAUUUUGUUGCCUUAUCCACAGGAGAGAAAGGGUUUGGAUUCAAGGGCAGCAAGUUCCACCGUGUGAUCAAGGACUUCAUGAUCCAGGGAGGAGACUUUACCCGGGGCGAUGGAACAGGAGGUAAGAGCAUUUACGGAGAUCGUUUCCCAGAUGAGAACUUCAAAUUGAAGCACUACGGGCCUGGAUGGGUCAGCAUGGCCAACGCCGGCAAGGACACUAAUGGGUCUCAGUUCUUCAUCACUACUGUCAAGACCUCAUGGCUGGACGGCAAGCACGUCGUCUUCGGCAAAGUCCUGGAAGGGAUGGAUGUUGUCCGGAAGGUGGAAAGCACUAAGACAGACAGCCGCGACAAGCCCCUGAAAGAUGUCAUCAUUGCGGACUGCAAUGUCAUUGAGGUGGAGAAACCAUUUGCCAUUGCCAAAGAAUAAUCUGGGGCUGCUAGAGGACCAGGUUCUGGUCUGCAAAAGGGCUGGAGGUCCUACACUCUUCCUGGGGCCUCAUUCAUCCUCCUCCAGCAGGUGAGCAACCGCUGCUGUUUCUGUCCCCUCCAUGCUGGGUGGUGGGGCCUCCAUUUCUGCAACAACAGCUCAACUCUUCCUCUUCCAUCAUCAGCCUCUGUGGGCAGCGAGGCCCCUUCUGAGUGGCCCAGAAGUGUUGUGUUCUCUCAUUCUUUUGUAAGAAAGCACAUGGACCAAUAAAACCGACCAUUGUGUUUUUGUAGAACGUC